CCAUCCAUUUUAUCCCCUCCGUCAGAUGACGUCAGCGAUACCAUGGUCACUCCUAAAAAGUAAGAACUCGGGAAAAACAGGGCAUACGUACAUACUCUGUAAUGACGAGCUGAGUUUUGUUCCUCGAUCAUGUCUUCUCUUCGCCGGAUUCUUCUUCUCGCACCUUCCAUCUCUAGAGGAAGGUUUUCUGCUUCUGGAUCCGGAAAUGGUUUACUACCAAGUUUGCGAGGCUACUGUUCCGUCGCUUCGGCGGAUACGGCGUCGAAUCUGGUUGAGAAUUGUGCCAUUUCCGCACCUGAUGAUUUCGCGGUCGACGAUGCGAUCUCGAGGAUUCGAGACGAAUUCGAAAUGGCGAGAGAAAGGUUUCUCAAGAUCCCUGACACACUCAAAGGAAUGCCCAAAAUGAACCCUCAAGGGAUUUACGUUAAUAAGAAUCUCAGGUUGGAUAACAUACAGGUUUAUGGAUUUGACUAUGACUACACAUUGGCUCAUUACUCUUCCAACCUGCAGAGUUUGAUAUAUGAUCUCGCGAAACAGCAUAUGGUUAACGAGGUGGUCUUCAGAGUGUUGUGUUUUUUUUUUUUGUGGAUUUGGCUUGUGUUGUGUUGUGUUGUGUUGUGUUUGGUCUGCUGCUUGAGAAUCUGUGUUCCUCUGUUCUUGCAGUUUAGGUAUCCUGAGAUUUGUAUGCAAUUCAAGUACGAUCCAACUUUCCCCAUCCGAGGGUUGUAUUACGAUAGGCAAAAGGGAUGCCUCAUGAAAUUGGAUUUCUUUGGUUCGAUUGAGCCUGAUGGGUGUUAUUUUGGUCGUCGUAAGCUUAGUAGGAAGGAAAUAGAAGACAUGUACGGUACACGGCAUAUAGGUCGUGAUCAAGCCAGAGGCCUGGUGGGGUUGAUGGAUUUCUUUUGCUUUAGUGAGGCAUGUCUUCUUGCAGACAUGGUCCAAUACUUUGUCGAUGCCAAGCUGGAGUUCGAUGCCUCUUACAUAUACAAUGAUGUAAAUCGUGCAAUUCAGCAUGUCCAUAGAAGUGGAUUGGCCCAUAGAGGAAUCCUCUCCGAUCCUCAUAGAUAUUUGGUUAAGAAUGGUCAGCUACUACGUUUCCUGAGAAUGCUAAAGGAUAAAGGGAAGAAGCUUUUCUUACUGACCAACUCUCCUUAUCAUUUUGUGGAUGGAGGAAUGCGCUUUCUGAUGGAGGAUACUUUUGGUGUCAAAGACUCGUGGAGGGAGCUUUUCGAUGUUGUGAUCGCUAAAGCUAAUAAACCAGAGUUUUAUACAUCUGACCAUCCUUUCCGCUGCUAUGAUACCGAGAGAGACACUUUGGCAUUUACGAAAGUGGAUGCGUUUCACCCAAAUAAAGUUUACUACCAUGGAUGCCUUAAAUCCUUUCUCCAAAUUACAAAGUGGCAUGGCCCUGAGGUGAUUUAUUUUGGCGAUCACUUAUUUAGUGACCUUAGAGGACCUUCAAAGUCUGGUUGGCGGACGGCUGCUAUAAUACAUGAACUCGAAAGAGAGAUACAGAUACAAAAUGAAGAUAGCUACCGGUUUGAACAGGCGAAAUUUCAUAUAAUACAAGAGCUGCUUGGUAGAUACCAUGCGACGGUGGCGAACAGCCAUAGAAGCGAGGCAUGUCGGGCUCUGCUGGAAGAGCUGAACAGGGAGAGGCAAAAGGCGAGGCAAACGAUGAAACAGAUGUUCAAUACAUCGUUUGGGGCGACGUUUUUAACGGACACGGGUCAAGAAUCAGCGUUUUCUUAUCACAUACACAGAUAUGCGGACGUGUACACGAGCAAACCCGAAAACUUUCUGUUCUACCCUCCUGAGGCUUGGCUUCAUGUACCAUACGAUAUCAAGAUCAUGCCACAUCAUGUGAAGGUUCCAUCAAGCUUGUUCAAGACUGAGUAGAAAGAUAAGUAUUUCGUCAAAAAAGGAGGUUAGUUGUGUCCUGUUUUCCCAUCAAUUUGAUGCGAUGACGUCUCUUUUGUUGAUCUCUCCGUCCAAAUCCCACCACACACACACAUUAGGAAUUCGAAUUCUCCAUUCUAAGUUCUGAUUCGGUUCGGUCUAGAUAGCUACGAAUUUGUUCA